UGAUAUAUGUGCUUGGAAAGGAGGAGGAGUUUUUGUGGUUGCAGUUGCAGUUACAUUCACUUGACUGCACUUCUGCAUUUCACACAGAAGCCAAACAUGCACUGCGCUAACGUGACAGACCUGGAAAUGAGGAACUCGGCGUACGUUAUAGUCUUUGGGUCUGUUAUAGCCCUUGGUCUGCCUCUCAACGCUGUGUCUCUGUGGAUUCUGCUUCGCCACCACAGCCUCAAGUCACCCAGCGCCGUCUUCAUGGUCAACCUGGCAAUCUCAGACCUGCUGCUCGUCAUCUCCUUGCCCAUGAGGGUGUAUUUCUACGCAAUCGGCACGUGGCAUCUUGGCAGCAUGGCAUGCAUCUGGAUCACAAUGCUCUUUCGAAACAACAUCCGCUCCAGUUCUAUCUUCAUCACCUUCAUCAGCGUGGACCGGCUGCUGGCUGUAGUUUAUCCUCUGAGGUCACGGCAUCUUCGAACCUCAACCAACGCCUGGAAAGGUGCUGGACUCAUUUGGCUGAUUUUACUGGUGGUGAACGUCCCAGAGAGUGUGGAUUUUUCGAGAGGUGCCAAACAAUACAAUGUGUCUUCCUGUUUUGAAUUUCGUCCGGCAGAGGUUGACGAGAGGAUGCACAACACAAAAAUUGCAUAUUUUCAGCUUGUGUUGCUGUUCACCAUGCUGGCAGUCAAUAUUGUGUCCACUGCUCUGGUGUCUUGGACUCUACAGAGACAUCUGAAUGACUCCGCAAAGGUGAAUAACAAAGUGAACGUCAUGCUGCUUUUUGCCAUGAACUUGAUCAUGUUUACUGUGUUCUUCUUGCCUGUGUCCUUGGUUGUUUUCUUUCAAUGCUGGAGAUCUGUUCUGAACUGUCUUGCCAGUGUAAACUGCUGUCUUGAUCCGUUGCUGUAUUAUUUUUCUUUUGAUGGUUUCUGGAGAAGAAAAGAGGAUGCUGACAUGUCUCUUGAACCAAAAUAGACUGUGACAGGUGGGGCUGAAUAGUAUUUAAAUUGGCUGGUGAGCUUGUUCUGCAUACAGGUCAGGAGGGGGGAAACACUUAAAGUGGAGCUCAAGCAAAUCUGCUGGUUGACCUCAAACAAAGGUAGGGUUAUUUUGGAAGCUAUUAAAAAAAAAAAAAAAAAAAAAAAAAAAAAAAACUGCUUUGAGUAAUUAUAUUUAUGGAGAUACAUGUUGCAUCCUAGAUACUGUGAAAACAUUAAGCUACUUCAACUUAAGAAUUGUAAGCUCUCUUCUUGUCUUAACAAUAAUAUCAAUCCAAAAAUGAAUUUUAUAUGUGAAUAUCAAGUUAUUGAGUUAUGUCACAUUAAGACCCUUUGUGGUGACAAUAAAGUUUUUUUUUUUAACCUUG